AGUGUCGUAGGUAGGUAGGAGUAUUAAUUAGUGAGAGCCAAAACGCAGCGUUUAGGGUAGUCACUCAAUGGCUUCCAUUCCAUGUAAGGCCAUAAAUGAUUAGAAAUCUUGAGUCUGACUUUUCAUGGUACACACGGCUUUCAGAUUCUUCCCUUCGUUUCCCUUCCCUGAGCUCCCUAUUAUUAUCACCUUCUAAUCCCAUCUCCAUUCACCACCCAAAGUUAGGGUUUUUCUUUUUCUUUUUCUUUUUCUUUCCAAAGUGCUUGAAAUCCCAUGGAUUUCCAGAAGAAAAGAAUCCAAUUAGUGGCCUUCAUAGCUGGCAUCAUCGUUCUCAGUAUCACAGCUGAAAAAUGUCGGCAGUUGGUUGGGGAAAAAUAUGCAUCUCGGAGUGGACAGUUUACAUUCUUGAACUGCUUUGAUAUGAGUUCUGGAACACUAGCUUGUUCUGUGAAAGAGGGAGUGAAGCUCUAUGUUAACAACAUCAGAGCUUCCCAUGUUGAGAGAAUAAGGUAUAAAGCACUUGAAAGUGCAUUGGCUGAUGCAUUGUCACAGGGGAUACCUGCUAAAGAUGCAGCCAAACAAGCACAGAAAGCAGGAGCAAAGGCCGCGAAACUGGCAACUCGGCAAGCCAAGCGGAUAAUAGGUCCUAUUAUCUCUUCUGGAUGGGACUUUUCUGAAGCUAUAUAUUAUGGUGGUGCAGUAACAGAAGGGACUGUUAGGGGCACUGGCACCUUGUUUGGCACCUAUGCUGGAGGCUUUCUAGGAGAGCAAAGGCUUGGGAGAUUUGGUUAUCUUGUCGGAAGUCAAUUGGGCAGUUGGGUAGGAGGUAGAAUUGGAUUGAUGGUCUAUGAUGUGAUUAAUGGAGUCAAUUACUUGCUCCAGUUUGGUCUUCCCGAAAAUAGUGAAGUUCGUGAAACUUCAGCUUAUGAAAGUUCUGAAGGUUCUGAAGCUGAAGCCUUUGAAGCUUCCAAUACCUAUGAGAGCUCUGAAACAUAUGAGCAUUCUGAACUGAGGUGAACGAAUUAGGUUCAUUCCUUUGUUUCUUUUACUCAAAAUUUAUUCUGUAGAUGCCAUAUAAGAACUUAGUUUCAGCGACUCAUUCAAAUUUGUGUAUAAUUUUAAAGAUGGUGUCUCCAUACAGUUGCAUGCAUCAUUCUUAAACUGGAGUUUUCUUUCAAACAUCUAUAAACGCCACUUUGCUCUCU